AUGAAUUACUUCCGCUUAAUGCUUCAGAAGCAACUUCAGCUGUCAAAUCGACAGACGAAAAUUGUUUGCCGCAAUUUUUUAUUUGCGUCAAAAAGGAAUCCGAAAACGGCAAGAAGUGGCUUAUGGAAACGCGUUAGGGGACAGAUUCGGAACUGCUUUCACCCCAAUGCAAACAAUCUAUCGCCGAUGGAGGUGAGUACCCGUAACUGCCAUGUAAAGGCCGGAAUAUAUUACCGAUUUACCGAAAUUAUUUGUCGAUUUACCGAAAGUAUUUAUCAAUUUGUGCAGUUUUCCUUUGGCAAGCAAAUAUCGACAGCAGAAUUGGUGAAGACAAUGUUACAAUCUGUUUGGCCAAGAGGGAAUUGGAAAAUCCGACGACUUUAUAUUUAUUCCAUGGUGCUUCUUAUUGUGGCGAAAAUGCUGAACGUUUAUGUACCGUUCCUGUUGAAGAAUAUAAUUAACUAUUACAAUGAAUCAGUACCAACUGAUCUUCAGCUGUCAACUAAUAGUUAUAGCAGCAUGCUUGGAAUUGCGGCAUUCUCAAUUAUUGUAACUUAUGGUGCCGCACGUAGUGGUUCUUCGUUAUUUAAUGAGCUUCGGAACGCAGUAUUUGCACGUGUUGCACAAUAUAGCAUUCGUAGCAUUGCACAGCAAAUUUUCCUUCACUUGCAUUCUUUGGAUUUAUCGUUUCAUCUAAGCCAUCAAACGGGGGGUAUGUCGAAAGCAAUAGACCGAGGCACUCGAGGUAUGGCAUUUGUACAAAGUGCGCUGGUCUUUAAUGUGGUACCUACGGUGAUUGAAGUUGGCAUGGUCUCAGGAUUGUUGUAUAUCAAUUGUGGCCCUUCGUUUACAUUUGCAACAUUAGGUUGUCUUUCAACUUAUACUCUUGCGACGCUAGGAAUCACCAAAUGGAGGACUAAAUUUCGGCAUCAGAUGAAUCAGGCUGAUAAUGAUGCGAGUAAUCGUGCAGUCGAUUCGUUAAUCAAUUAUGAGACUGUGAAGUAUUUCAAUAAUGAAAGAUUUGAAGCGGAUCGGUAUGAUUUUUUCCUGAAGAAAUAUGAAAUAGCAGCGUUGAAGGCGAGCACAUCAUUGGCAUUUUUGAAUUUUGCACAAAAUGCAAUAUUUAGCGGUGGUCUUGUCGCUGUCAUGUGUUUAGCAGCAGCAGAAAUUCAAAAAGGUACGAUGAAUGUCGGCGAUCUUAUCCUUGCAAAUACAUUAUUAUUCCAAUUGUCAGUGCCAUUAAAUUUUCUUGGUUCAGUGUAUCGGGAAAUAAAGCAGGGUUUGGUGGAUAUGCAAUUAAUGUUUUCAUUACUGUACUUGAAGAGCAGUAUAAUUGAAAAACCAAAUGCUCCACUUUUGAAAGUUGAUAUGGGAAAUUCGUCCAUAUCGUUUAGAAAUGUUACAUUUGGCUAUCUUCCGGGACAGCACAUAUUAAAAGGCUUAAAUUUGGAUAUUCCUUCUGGUAAAAAGGUAGCUAUAGUAGGUGGUAGCGGAAGCGGUAAAUCAACGAUUAUUCGACUUUUAUAUCGCUUAUUUGAUCCGGUGGAUGGCGAAAUUUGUAUCAACGGUCAAAAAAUUUGUGAUGUCCAACUUGAAAGUUUAAGGAAAAUGAUUUCUAUUGUACCUCAGGAUUCAGUCCUUUUUCACGAUACUAUAUAUUACAACAUACAGUAUGGAAAUCCAACUGCUGCAGAAGAUGAGAUUUUCUAUGUGUCGAGAUUAGCAAAUUUACAUGAUUCGGUGAUACGUUUCAAAAAUGGCUACGAUACGAUUGUUGGCGAAAGAGGUUUGAUGUUAAGUGGAGGAGAAAAGCAACGAGUUGCAAUUGCUCGAGCGUUGCUCAAAAAUGCUCCUAUUAUAGUUUAUGACGAAGCGACUUCAUCGUUGGAUGCUUUAACCGAAGAAAAUAUUAUGCGCUCUAUGCGAAACGCCGUGCAGCAACGUACGUCAUUGUUCAUUGCACAUCGUUUAGCUACAGUUAUCGACGCUGAUAUCAUCUAUGUGCUAGAAAAUGGAAAAGUGAUUGAGAGUGGAUCUCAUUUUAAACUACUUGAAAAAUCUGAUGGCUAUUAUUCUAAUCUCUGGAAAUCACAACAUAAAUAUUCUGAAGUAAUACCAUCAAAACAGUCAACAUCUGAGUAUGGGCCAGAACAUUUGCAUCUAGGAUCUUUCGAUAAUCAUCGUGACAAUGGCUGCUGUAGGUCAGGUGGCGGUUGUAAACGUUGA